GUGGGGCCUCACGGCCGCACGUGCACGCGCACCGCCAGGUACGGGCCUCACCUCAGGUGAUGUGAGGAUGGCCAUGGCCCAGGCUGGAGCCGUGGCUGCAGCCGCCGCAGGACUGCUCGUGUUCUUCCUGUACUCCUCCAUCCACAAGGUUGAGGAGGGGCACCUGGCCGUCUAUUACAGGGGUGGCGCGUUGCUAACUAGUCCAAGUGGCCCAGGCUACCACAUCAUGCUCCCGUUCAUUACCACCUUCAAAUCUGUGCAGACCACGCUGCAGACUGAUGAGGUGAAAAAUGUGCCUUGUGGGACAAGUGGUGGUGUUAUGAUUUACAUUGACCGAAUAGAAGUUGUGAAUAAGCUGGCACCAUAUGCAGUGUAUGAUAUUGUGAGAAACUACACUGCAGACUACGAUAAGACCUUGAUCUUCAAUAAAAUUCAUCAUGAGCUGAAUCAGUUCUGCAGUGCCCAUACUCUGCAGGAAGUAUACAUUCAGCUGUUUGAUCAGAUAGAUGAGAAUCUGAAGCUGGCCCUGCAGAAGGAUCUCAAUGUCAUGGCACCAGGUCUCACUAUCCAGGCUGUGCGUGUUACAAAACCCAAAAUCCCAGAAGCCAUCCGAAGAAAUUUUGAGCUCAUGGAGGCUGAGAAGACCAAGCUGCUGAUUGCAGCCCAGAAGCAGAAGGUAGUAGAGAAAGAGGCAGAGACAGACCGGAAGAAAGCACUCAUUGAGGCUGAGAAGGCUGCUCAGGUGGCCAGGAUUCAGUAUCAACAGAAGAUUAUGGAGAAGGAAACAGAGAAGCGGAUUUCUGAGAUCGAAGAUGCUGCAUUCCUAGCAAGAGAGAAAGCAAAAGCUGAUGCAGAGUUCUAUGCUGCUUGGAAACUGGCUGAUUCCAACAAGCUAAAACUUACCCCUGAGUAUCUGGAACUAAUGAAAUACGAAGCGAUAGCUGCCAACAGCAAGCUGUAUUUUGGUGACCGCAUCCCCAAUGUGUUUCUGGAUUCCUGUGCCUUCCAACAAGCCAAUCUGAGGACUGCCCAAGAAACCAACCCUCCUUCACAGGAGGCCCCAGAGACCUCUGGAGAAAACCACCUCAGAGCAAAGGAAAGCACUGGCUGACAGAGGGAGAGAAGGAUACCUGGUGUAGCUCAACAGCUAGCCUAGCUGUGAAUGGGGAUGUUGCCCUGUGCUACUGGGGCGGAUGCAGCGUGGACAUCCUGUGUAUAGGUGGCAGUUGGGUUGAUUUUCUUCUAGCAACACAUUUGCAAGUGCUCUGCCUCUUCCGUUUCUUCCCCUGUUAAAUUGGUGCUUCCAAAUGAGGGAUAAUCCUGUACUAACAUACUUAUACUGGAAUAUUAAAAGACAGACACCAGGAAAGCCU